AGCUCAAGGUAGAUUCCAAGGCGCGGCCUUGUGCCGCCAUGCUCCGGCGUCUCAUCAAUGGUCUGCGAAAGUUCGGCUUGCAGAACGUCCUUGGCAGCGCCUUCACCAAGCAGUUGCUUCGAUGGGACUUAGUGAGCCGGUUGAUGGAGAAGCCGGACAGGCUCAGCGUCUCCGAGCUGCUGCUGCUGGCACGGCAGUUCUUUGCCUUGCAUGCCUUGCUGGGGUUGCUGAGCCUGUUCCUGCAGGCGCUGGCACAGUCUGUGACGGUGCCGGGCUUGUGGAACGUAGCCUUUCCGCUGGUAGGCAUGCACUUUGCCAAGGACGUGGGUGGAGCCAACCGGGCGGUGCGCUGGUGGAUCGCCUAUUGGCUGCUGGAGACUCUCUUCACCUUCUUCCAGACCAUUGGCCACGAUGCCAACAUCCGGGCCAUUGCCGCCUACGGCCUGCAAUGGUUCGUGCUAGCGCGUCUGUGGUGCUGGCUCCACGUGCAGCAGUCCUGCUCGGUGCAGUUCUACCUGAACAUCGUCAUCGAGAGCGGCCGGGAGCACUUCUACUCCCGGCCCACCAUGCGCAGCGGCCGCAGCACCUCGGUGGAUCUGCUCUCGGACCGCGACUUCUCGGACGACAAGUACAUCUCGCGGCUGGCGGAGGGCGUGGAGCGGAUGAUUUGCGAGAAGCUGCGGGACGAGGCGGCCAUGGUGGCCAAGGCCAAGAAGCACUUCCAGCGGGGGAACCUGAUCGUGGUGCUGGUCACCAUCGAGCGCGUGGACAUGCGCCGGAUGCUGGAGCUCAAGGGCGAGCAGCACCGCCUGCGCCGGGUGGACGUGGUGAUGCGUCUGCUGAGGCACCUGCCGGUGCCGUUGAAGCUGGACCUGGAGCAGGUGCUGCUGUCCCAGAUCUGCCGCAACAUGAUCGAGAACGUGCCUUCCCAGCUCACCCGCCAGAUGUGCGAGAUCGGGGGGGUGAACGUAGAUGUGGAGGCCAAAGGUAAGGAUGAGCAGGCGGAUUUCCUGCUGGAGGCCAUGCGCCAGCUGGACGAGGAGGAUAUCCUUGAAGCCAAGAACCGGCACACUAUCGCCGUGGGCGGCGACGAGGUGUGGCCUUUCUUCUGCGGCUAUGGCCAUGCCAAGGUUCGGCAUGUGCCCACCACCGCCUGCUAUCCCCGACAGGUGACUUGCAGCAUCUCGCCGCACACGCUGGAGUGAACGCGCCUCUGGUUCGCGUCGGGUCCAAGGGGCGAGCCGUUCUUCGGGCUUCCCCGGCAGGCGUUAGGUUCCGUGAGGUGCCUGGGUUGCACAAGCCACUGCCCGGCAGAUUCACAGGAGGGCCACAGCCGCUCGAGUUUCACCAGCAAAUGCGGUCAGCGUGCGUCGCUUGGAGUGG